UCCCGCGAAUUAUCUGUCGCGCCAAUGUGUGGCUUGUUGAGGGGGUUUGGUUUGACGGUUUGACGAACGCCUUGAUUUGACUUCGACAUGGGCCCACAGAACACCAAUGGAGCGUUGAUUUGAACAUCAGUGUUCGAUGUCACACGAUUUCUCCGAGAAUGGCUGUCUGACUUUUCUGGGAAGGAAGCAAACAAGUGGUGCGUCUGCUGCUGGCCUAGACUUUUGACAGCAAUGGAUAGCACACCAGAUGGAAAGCUGCUGUUUGUCUUGCCUGAAGGCACAGCAGCAGUGGAUGCAACCCCUGCAAUGCAGGCAGCUUUCAAGGCUGCUGGCAUAGAUUCUAUGGAACCGAGUUGGAUCACAACUUGCUCAUGUCUUACAAAGAAGCAACGAGACCCAACAGAAGUGUAUGUUUGUGAUCCAUUUGAAGGCCCUGCAUUUGAGCAUCUGCGGCAAAUUCAAGCACGAGUUGUGGGCCCACUCUGCGUGUCUAUGGCUAUUCAGGUGCAGGAACCUCUGCCCCGUCGGCCAGAGCCUGUAUUCAGCCUUUCCUUUCGAGGUCUGGUUAUCACGUGCUCUGUGCUGGCCAGUCAAGAGAGGGCACGCAUCAAAGACCAAGUGGAGCUAAUGGGUGGCUCUGUUGUGGCUCCACUGACAGCUAGUGUCACACAUGUUGUGGCUGGAGACGUUGGAUCAAAAAAAUAUCAUGUAGCUGCCAAUCGGAAGAUUCCAGUGAUGCAGCCAAGCUGGGUGCGGCUCUUUUGGGAGCAGGAGCAGCACAAGUUAGCUCAUGCUGCCAGCCCUGCAUAUUCCCACUUGCGGUUGCCAGCCUUCAAGGGCCUUGUGAUAACAGUUUCACAGGUCCCUACUGCUGAACGUAAGCAGCUACAAGCCCUCGUAGAGUCCAAUGGAGGCUCUUACUCCGGCCAGCUACAUUGCAAGAAGACAACACACGUGGCUCUCUUGGAAGCUGCUGGGGACAAAUACAAUUAUGCCCGCCUGUGGAAGCUGCAUUGUGUCCAUGUCCGCUGGCUCUAUGAAAGCGCACAAGCAGGCUAUGCCCUUGAUGAAUCACUUUAUGCUUUGGAACCAGCUGAUGUCUGCAAAAAAUCAACACCCAAUCGGUCUUGUGCAGAUGAUGCUUUGCCUUCAUGGGAUUGUAGUGUCAUCAAAACGGAAGAGGCCACUCACAUAAACGAUACUGCGCGCUCAAAUGAGAGCAUUCUAACCCUGCGUGAGGUCAAGCUGAAAGAUCCAGUUGAUGAUAUUGAUAUUGAUAAAUUGUCGUCAUGCUGUGGUCAGUUUCUGGAUGGGUGCUGUGUACUUCUGUGGGGCUUUGCCCAAGAAAAACUUGAGAAAAUGAGAAAAGUUAUCAAUGCAUGUGGAGGAGUGAGGCUUGAUGAAUACAAGGAAGAAGUUACCCAUGUAGUAGCUGCUGAAGGUCCUCACUUCAUUUCAGAAAUUAUGAAAAUGAUCAAGAGGCAUGGUGGUUCACCUUAUGUUGUGUCUGCACGGUGGUUUGCUGAAAGCUGUGCUUCAGGCAAAUUGCAGAAGAUUGACACAUACCUGCUGGCAGAGUUGCACUCUGAUGUUAGAGGUGGCGAGCUGCCUGCAAAUUGUAUGCCCAACACCAUUGAGACUCACAGGAAAUCAGUGAUACUAGAAUGUGAAAAUCCAUUUCCAACUGAUCUUAGUGAUAUUGUAGAGCAGUACAGGGUCUCGAAUAAUGGUAGUAUGAAUGUCGGAGACAGUGCAUCCACUUUACAUCACGAAAAAAAUGAAGCUACAAUUUCUGCAUGCAAUAUAGAGAAGACAAGUGAAGCAUUGGAUUCUCUCGAAGCCAGCAUGAAAAACAGCACCAUGAAUGAAAAACUGCUGGAGAGGUAUGAGUCUGCUGAUGCACUCUUUACAGGUAUGCUUUUCAGGAUACACGAUUUCAAAAAAGAGGAUGAGCUAAUUUUGGAAGAGUACAUCACUCACAAUGGGGGAAAAAUAUAUGAUGAUAGUGCCAGCAAGGGCAGGCAGCAGUUGAUAGAGAUUGUGCCACUUGUUAUAGAGCCCAAGAACUACAGCUCUCUUGAUGGCAUAUUGGUAACAUACUGCUGGCUUGAGGCUUGUGUUCACAAAGAAUCUUUGCUUCCUAUCGAAGAGGACCCAUUGUUCCGGCCAUUCACAAAACCGGCUACAAAGGACUUCCUGCAUGGUUGCGUCAUUUCGUUCAGUCAGUAUAGCAAGCCAGAGCGAGAUUUUCUAGUUCACUUGGCUGAAUCAUUGGGGGCUACUUGCCAGGAAUUUCUGGUGCGGUCAGUACGUCGCAACAACCAGCGGAACCUUUUGCCAAACACUCAUUUGAUUGCACGAGAACCUGAAGGCACUAAAUUUGAGGCUGCUGUGAAUUGGGGCCUGCCUGUGGUCACCAAAGACUGGCUGGUGGCUUGUGCAAAGCAUGGUGAAAAGAUGAAUGAGGACAUGUUCUUGCUAAGUGAUGCUGCUCACCAACCCCUCAGUGCCAAGCCUUCAUCUUCAGUUAGAAGCUUAAAUGCUUUGAACCAAAAUGGUUCUUAUGCAGGAAAGCAUGGAGUGCAACUUUAUAAUCAGAACAGCAUAACACUCCUACCUGACAAAGAAUCUGAACCUUUCAACAUGCUGCCAUGUAAGGAAAGCACAAGGCAAGCUUCGGAAGCAUGUGGUGCUCAAAUGUCAGCCUCGCACACCCCUUCGAUGUGUAAGGAGCCUGGAAGCUUUAUAGUUCAUGACCCAUCUUUUACUAAUGAGCAUACUGAUAAUGCUGUUGAUGAGAGAAGCAAGAUUGCAGCUGCUGAACCAGCAAGGUUGUUGCGCACGCCUGAUGAAAGACGGACAGUUUCUGCUGGUGGUUUGUCAACUCCAGGAAGCUUUCUAAAAAGUCAGCGUAUUCGAGAACUUCUGUCAGAAAGCCACAACAGCAUGAGCAGUAGUUUGGCCAGUGCAGAGGCUAGCAGUGAAGACGAAAGCUUCCAGCAAAGCAUAGAUGCCACUUAUAGGCCAAAGCUGAACAUCACAGGGAUCGAAGAGAACUGGGCUUCCAAAGAAAACGUGAACACACCGAGAAGGUCGCGUCCUUUGUCUCUUGGAAAACAAAUUGCUCGAAAUUUUGACCAGAUCCUGGAACAGUUUGGUGUCAAUGAAGACCUUAAUGGACUGCUGGACAGCCCAAGUCCUGGACUUCAGACUGGACGGGUACAAGGAGCACCACCAGCAUCAUUCCCACUUGCAGGAGCGAUUGUAUGUGUGUCAAAGAGGCUCUCACAUGUGCAGAAGGAGUUGGGAGACAUAGUCCGUGAACUAGGUGGGGAAUUUAUUUCCGCUUACUCAGAUCAUUGCACGCACAUUGUGCACCAAAGCAAGCCCGGAGAGGCAGUGCCACGGGAAGUGCUUCGAGCCAGAGAGCAAGGCAAAAGUUUAGUGAGCUCAGGCUGGGUGUAUGCUUGCAAGGGCUCUGGUUCUUGGCUUGAUGAAGCUGACUUCCCUAGUGCACAUGAUGAACGACUUUCUCUUGUAGGCCAUGUUUCAACCGUCCGUGUUCCUAAGCAGCGGUCUCAGCAGAGUGCUUCCUCGCAGCUUGGAUCACCCAAGCCCCUAAAGUCACCUCCUCGCGGAGAAAUUGGGUUGCCAAAAGCACCUCAAAGCACAGAACUGCAACCUCGGAGGCUCACAGAGAGCCAGCAAAAGAUAAAUGAUCAGCUGGAUGAACUCAUGAUGGCCGCAAAAGCAGCUGGACGACGACAGAGUUUGAGACCAGCUCCAGCACCUAUAGUUGCAUCGCCAAUUCACCCUGUGCUCACAGGAACAGACUCUACAAAGCCAUCAGUCAUUACUAGCCUUCCUUUGCCCGACUCAGAAUCCCAAUUUGUUGCCAUCACUUGGGAUGACCCAACACGAAGGAUGGAAAUGGCUAGGCUUGCUGGAAAGCUGGCUGAAAUGGAACCUGCUUCACAGCCAGCAACAGAGCAGUCCCCUGACGGAGCAGAUGACAAUGUAUUUGAAGAAGCAGAGCCAAUAGUGGAGCUGCCUCCUAAGGUGUUUGUGAUUUCUGGCUUCUCAGAUGAGCAGAAGAUCCGCUAUGCAUCAAUCAUAUCUAAACUAAAUGGUGUGCUACUUACUUCCAAAGCCUAUAAUCCAGAAAUGACUCAUCUGGUAUUGCUACAGGCCCUUAAGAAUGAACGCUAUCUUGCUGCUCUUGCUGCUGGAAAGUUUGUCUUGCAUGCAGCUUAUCUGGACGAGAGUGCAAAGGCUGGAAAAUUUUUGGAUGAAGAGGAAUAUGAAUGGGGUGGUCCCUUGACUGAAAGCUGCCUUAUGAACCUCUCAACUGCUUCAACGAAAAGCCACAAAGGCAAGGGACAGCAGGCCUUUGCUCCACGUCGGUGGCGACAGCGCAUCGCCCAGGAUACUGAUCACAAAGGUGCAUUCUCGAAUUGGCGUGUAGCCGUCUAUGCAAGUGCCUCCAAGGAAGCAGCCUAUGUGAACAUUCUCACGGCUGGUGGAGCUACCAUUGUGCCGACAACAACAGUGUGUGCUGGCCUUGAGGCUGGGGAGAUUACACAUGCUCUCUUUGAUAGUGGAAUGGCAAAAGGCGUGCAGCUGGACCUGCUUGUCACUGCUGGUGCUUUGUGUCUUAAAGCUGAGUACAUGGCAACAUUCCUGGUUGAUGAUCCUGUUCCACCACCUGAGAAGUUCUAUAUCCCUGAAGUGGUCAAACUUUUGGACAUUUCUGUUAGCACCAAUUCAAGCACAUCUGCAAGCAAGAGGGCAGCAGUCAGCACCUCAAACCGUAGUAACCUCGGCUUAGGAGCAAAAAGGAAGAAGCCGUGACUGGACCUGCAGUCCUGAAGCAGAACAGAACUAAUGUAAUUACAGGAUGUUGUAUCUGUGAAUAAUACUGUGGCGACAAGUGCACAAGUUACUGUGCAUACCACUGCGCUAGCAACAGUGCAGUUGCAGUGAACUGUUGAGCAGAUUAAACCCGUUUGGUGCUCCAGUUUCCUGCCAGCAUUUACAGUGUAUUGUGUUGUACGGACUUUAUGUGCAAGUUUUUAUCUUAUGUACACGAUGUUGCUUAACAUAUUCAAACGUGUAAAAGGCUAUCCUAUGUGGCUCAGAAGAGCCAGUGGGAGCAUUCCAACCCCUACCCCCCAAAACAGUUCUUUAAUGCUAAGCAGCAUCUUAUAUUACAGAAUUUUAUGUUGUAUUUAUUUUUAUUCUCGUGCCGGAUAUCCUGCUUGUUUUCAUUUUCAUGUUUAAAUAAACACUUAUUCAUCUCGUC